UUCGUCUUCAACAAGAUGGAUUCAGAGAACAACGAGUCUGGAGUUUGUGGCUGCUGUGGGCCACUGAGGCCAAGGUACAAACGCCUUGUGGACAACAUCUUCCCUGAGGACCCCAAAGAUGGCCUAAGUAAAUCUGACAUGGAGAAGCUGACUUUCUACGCCGUCUCGGCUCCAGAGAAGCUGGACAGGAUUGGAGCUUAUCUAGCCGAGAGGCUGAGCAGAGAUGUGGUGCGACACCGCUAUGGGAAUGUGGUGAUAGCCAUGGAGGCUCUGGACCAGUUGCUGAUGGCCUGUCACUCUCAGAGCAUCAAACCCUUUGUGGAGAGUUUCCUGCACAUGGUGGCCAAGCUGCUGGAGUCCAGAGAACCAGACCUGCAGGUCCUGGGAACCAACUCGUUUGUGAAGUUUGCCAAUAUUGAGGAGGACACGCCGUCCUACCAUCGCCGCUAUGACUUUUUUGUGUCCCAGUUCAGCGCCAUGUGCCACUCUACUCAUGAAGAUACUGAGACCAGAACCAGAAUCCGUGUGGCUGGGAUUAAAGGUCUGCAAGGCGUGGUGAGGAAGACGGUGAAUGAUGAGCUGCAAGCUAUCAUCUGGGAACCUCAGCACAUGGACAAACUGAUCCCAUCCAUGCUGUUCAACAUGCAGGACAGCGAAGACCUGGACAGGGCGGGGCACCCCACCACACCUUCAGGGGGGGGUCAGGAAGGUGAGGAAAACCCAGCAGCGCUGGCAGAGAGCUGUUUCAGGGAGCUGCUGGGCAGGGCAGCCUAUGGCAACAUGAACAACGCUGUCCGACCCAUAUUGGUUCACCUGGACAACCACCACCUGUGGGACCCCAAUGAGUUUGCUGUUUCCUGCUUCAGAAUCACCAUGUACUCCAUCCAGGCUCAGCACUCCCACCACGUCAUCCAGCAGGUUCUGAAUCACCUCGACACAAACAACAAGAACACACCGCGGGUCAGAGCCGGCAUCGUCCAGGUCCUCCUGGAGACGGUGGCCAUCGCUGCCAAAGGCUCAGUGGGUCCCACAGUGCUGGAGGUGUUCAACACUCUGCUCAAACACCUGAGGAUGAGCGUGGACUUUGAGCUGGGCGAGAGCUCGAGGAGAAACUCCAGCACCAGUGUUUCUUCUGGCCGCGGGAAAGAGAGCGAAGAGAGAAUCGUCCAGAACGCCAUCAUUCAGACCAUCGGCUUUUUCGGUGGAAACCUCCCAGACUACCAGCGAGCUGAAGUCAUGAUGUUCAUCAUGGGCAAAGUGCCAGUGUACGGGACCCCCUGCCACACCUUGGACACUGUCAAGAUUGGGCAUCAGGGUACCAAGCGGAUCCAGACCAUGCUGCUCAGCUCUCUGAUCAUGGUAACCUCUGGCUUUAAGUCCAAGUCCAUGGCAGCUGCGUUGCCUCCUCCCUUCCUGGAUCCGCUCUUCUCCAUCUCGCUGAUGGAGGAUAGUGAGCUGAGGCAGCUGGUGCUGGAGAUCCUGCACAACAUCAUCGAUCGCCAUGACAACCGAGCCAAGCUACGCGGCAUCAGAAUCAUUCCUAAUGUUGCAGCAUUGAAGAUUAAAAGAGAGAAGAUUUCCAAGCAAGAUGUGGCAUUCAUGAAGAAGCAUGGCCAGCAGCUUUACCGCCAUAUCUAUCUGGGCUGUAAAGAAGAGGAUAACGUCCAUAAAAACUUUGAGUUGCUCUUUACUACCCUGGCCAUUCUGACUAUCGAGCUGGCCAACGAGGAAGUGGUCAUCGACCUCAUUCGGCUCGCCAUUGCUCUUCAGGACAUGGCUCUGGCUAAUGAGGAGAACAUGCCAGUGUUUACUCGUUGCGGCAUCAUGGCAUUGGUGGCGGCAUACCUUAACUUCCUGAGCCAGAUGAUCGCAAACCCUCCCUUCUGUCAGCACGUCAGCAAGGUUAUAGAGCUGAGGAACCUGGACGCUCCAUACCUCCUCCCAGAGCACAUCUUCAGAGACAAGUGUCCACUUCCUGAAUCUUUAGACAAGGAGGACAGACAACUUUACUUCCAGACAGCCGACAUGGCAGAGUGUCUGGCAGGACCGGGAUACAACGCAGAGAGACUCUCCAUUCCCUACGUUCCCCAGGUCACAGGUGAAGAUCGUCUGACCAGGAGGAAGAGUUUUGUGGACACAAUCUCCCUUCAAGUGGACAUCAUGUCCAACAGUCUUCCAGACAAGUCCCAGCUGGCUGAGGAGAUCACGUUUGAGACCCUGAAGAAGGCCAUCGACACCACCGGUCUGGAGGAGCAGGAGAGGGAGAAGAGGCGUCAGGUGAUGGAGAAGUUUCAGAAAGCUCCUUUUGAAGAGAUUGCUGCCCACUGCGAGUCCAAGGCGAACAUGUUGCACGACAGGCUGGCACAAAUCUUCGAACUUACAAUUAGGCCUCCACCCAGCCCGUCCGGAGUGGUUUCCAUCUCAGCAGGACACACCCAGCACCAGUCUGUCCCUGUCUAUGAGAUGAAGUUUCCAGACCUGUGCGUCUACUGAUCACAACACACACACACACACACACACACACACACACACACACACACCCCUCCACAAAGAUAUCUCAUCAAAAUUCAAAAUGCUGAGAAAUAACUAGACUAGUCAUAAUCUGCACUCCAAUUUCCUCUAUCCUGACCAGCACAAAGGUGACAGGGAUACUGUCAGAAAUACAAAUUGCAGCAACAAAAGUUUUGGUAUAAACAGGAGUUGCCUAUCCAAAAAAAUGAACCUCCUUAAUCUCUAUUACAAACCGACACACCGGCCACAGAGUUUCUUAUUUCCACUUAGUUUGAGAGCCUCAAAAGCGCUUCUGAAUCCAAAAAUGCCUUCAUUAUCAAUUUGAAAACUUCUGUAUUUUUAAAAUACUCUGAUCCUUAAUUAAGCAGAAAGCAGACCAGUUUGUAUCCCUCUAGCUCUAAAUGAAUUGAUGUGCUGCACUUUGUUUCCUGACUCACAUCCCUGAAAUUCAACAAAACUUAUGAGUCACCAAGAACAAAACAUGAACAACACUCACUCUAACAUUUCAGUGUAUAGAUGCUGAAGCUGAUGUUGCUUCCCAGCAUGACUCAUCCAGUCUAUCAUCUGUGGUCUAACCAAAGCUUCACACAUUGUACAUAAGCUGUAGUCUAAAAUGAAACUCUUGUAGGAAUGGCUAAAACCAGUUUCACAUUUACAUUUGAGGCUGGUCUUAGCUGUACUGCUCCUUCUUCAGAGCCAGCUUCUGCCUCUUAACAAGUAUCUGUUCUCAUGUUGAUCAGUAGGCGUCAGUGCAGUCACAAAUUAGUAGAAAUGUAUAUUAUAUUAGCUGCUAGAAAAACUGAAAUAACUUCACUGGUGGUAGAAGGCAGGCGAGUUUUAGGCUCCCUGCUGCACGGCUGUUACAACCUGUUCAGUCUGCUCAGUGUUUGCUAUUUUUAGGUAAAUAUGCAUCAGAAAUGACUUCAACAACCAGCCAAGGUUCAUGUUGGGAAAUGAAAUGAAAGCAAUACUUCCAUUUAACGUAUCUGGUCAUGAACUGCUUGGCAACAAAAGAAAGCCAAAGAGUUUAGUUUUCAACACUGUUCAGUGGAAAUGGCUCGCUCAUGGUUGGUGUGUUUCUGUGCUCCAUUUAUUUCAAAAUGCUGCAAUUUGCCCUUUGUGCUGACAUUGUCUUGACAUAAUGUAAACGUGCCUGGAUAGACCCAUUUUUAACAGAAGUCUUGAUUAUCAGCCAACAGGGUGUUAAUGUUUGUUGAUUUGUUAUGAAACCUUUUGAAUUAAGAUCUUACAACACAAUGCUGAUAAAAUGUGACUGAUUGUUUAGCUGUCUUUAGAGCCAGCGCGUUGUAAAUACAGAAAAAGCACAAAACUUUAACUGCAACAUACUGAAAGAUUUGAACUGCAUUGAGGGACAGUUCUUUUUAAUUGGAAUAAAUUCAUGCACAUAUUACAUUCAUACAUCUGCAACCUUUCUGUACCUUUAUAUAACAUAUUACAGCACUUAUUUUACUGUGUUCAUGUUAGUGAAUUUCUUAUUAUGGGAAGAAAUAUAGCAGUUUAAGAAUUCAUUUUCAAAAACCUCAAGCUGUUUCAAUGACAGUUGUCGCAAUUUUCCAUGAAUAUACAGCUAGCUUGCUGGCUACAAUACUUAACCCUGCCUAAUAAGCUCUGAUUGGUUGAUUAUUUCUACAAAUAGCAGUAACCAUUCCUUUCUGAAUUGCUGAAGAAUCAGAGAUGUGUGCAGCGAGGUCUAAAACCAGGGUAUUCUGGCAUUGGCCAGAUUAAGUCCAUAUAUGCCCCCUAGUGAAUAUACUUUAAAUCACCCAAGCACACAUCAACACAGACAAGCAUGUAGACGUGCCGCGUGUCAAUGCAUGCACGUUGUUAAAAGCGUGUGUAUAAGCGCUGUAAGUUUGUGACAUUGAAUGUACGUGUGACUGCUCCAGAACUCUACCAGCAGCAUCAACUGUAAAAACUCAUAUCCUUGUGGAUUAAGAGUUUUCCGGCACGAUGGCUUUGUUCUGUACUCUCUGUGCACAGUUGGCACGUUGAUGAUAUCUCCAGUCCAACCAGCAGCUUUUAACUCCUCACAGCUUUUUUCACAGCUUCUAAAAACCAAAACAUGUUUUGCUGCCAAAGACAGCAGUCCCCCCAGCCUCCCACACCCUUCCCCCAUUUUCUGAAUUCAGGAUGUCUUAAUCUAAAAACACUGGAUGCUUUCCGUGACGACGUCCUGCAAGCAACCAUAUGGGCAGUUUCAUCCCUAAAUAAGAGAGCAGCAGCUGACUCCUCAUGAAAGGUAACCUCCCCUCUGAAGGUUUUAAUACCACCUUCAGAUACAAAGCGGUGACAUUUCAGAGGAUUUAAUCAUCUGUCCUUGUUACCACAAGGCCACUUUCUGGUUCCAAAAGGGGUACGGGAGGCGUUUUUGGAUUGAGAUCCUUCAUAUCAGGUGGAGCUGCAGCUGUGAUCUGUAACAACAGAUGGUUAUCAGUAUUUCCUCUGAUCUAAGAGCAGUGUAGGAAGAAAACUCCCUCCAGCUGAAGGCAGGUACCUGCUGCCAUCAUUUGGUCUGAGCAGCUGUGCAGAGCACAUCUCUGCUGCUGCUGAUUGAUUCAGGGUUGAAGUUUAGUGUUUCCUUUCACUCAGAGAUGACUGGUUUCUUUGUAGGUAUAUAGUGUAUGUAUGAUGAACGAUGGACAAACAAGAUGGAAAACUGAAUGAAAGAUGAACGAGAAAGAAAUAGUUGAGGUGUUUGUGUUCUGCUGAGCAGGACGUGGAAGCCGUUUUAUAUGUGGCCGGGAAAGUUUCAGAUGGUUUUGUAUGUUAAAAGUUGUUGAGUGCAGGUUGUGUUCCCAAAUGACAAAGCUUGGCUAAACAUCGUUUGAAAUCACCAACAUGAGCCUGAUACAUUUGAACCUUGGCUGGUCUUCUUCAGAAUCCAGCUAUACAGCAGCUUCUGACUCAUUUCCACCUGGUAUUGACACGCUGUCUAUAUCUGUGUACCUUAUCUGGAUCAGUAAAAAUCACAUCUGGAGAUGGUCUGAUCAGAUCUCAGCCAGGGGUAAACAACAUCUGUUUAAGGGAAAUAAGCAGAGCCCACAUAGCAGCAUCGCUUCUGGAGACUCCAAUGGACUGAAACAACGCGCAAUUCAAGGGUCAUGUGAUCAGUGGUAGCAUUAGUGUCAGCAAGCUUCUCCAUCGACUCUGCUUACCUUCUUAUAGUAUAAGUAAUGUUAGCGUAGUUAGCUAAGCCACCCAAAACUGAGACUAAACAAUGUUGCCUCAAGAUUAAUUUAGUAGGUCCCAGAGGCUCAGACAGGAGCAGACACACGCACCUUAGUCUCAAGGCUUAACAAUGCACGCAAGAAACACCCACAGAACCUCUCAGACACCUGUGCACUUCCUCCUACGGCCAUCCUGGAGAAGCUUGUUGCAGUUCAUCUCAACUCGACUGUGGUCCGUUUAGUAUCGAAAAAUGUGCCAAAAGUAUCCUACAAAAACCUUCGGUUGUCUGUAUGUCACAUGACCCUCGCCCUAGCGACGUCCUAGCCUACACUGAAGACCAUUCCACAACGCUUCACUUCACCUGAGGCACACCAUGCUUCAUGUGAAUAUUGAGUUGGGAUUAUAGUGUGCGUGUAAAUGCAAAGGCCCAUGAUCGAACAUUGUUAUCCAGUUACAGAUGGCAGCUUAAUACCAGGUGUAAAUGUCUUCUUCUGCAUGUGAUUUAACAUACUGCAAAUGGCUGCUGAUGUUUAGAAUAAAGCAGCCAAUGAUAGUAUGUGGAUACUCGUAGAGUUUGUACUCCAUCAUUAAAGGGUUGAUGUCCUGGAUUGACAAAAUUAUGAGCAGAGUUGCCUCAAUAAAAUAAAAACUCCCUUUGAUAUUUUCCUCUGUAUAAAAAAAUAUCCUUCACUUAACAUUGCACUGAUGCAUUAACUCUUGUGCAUAUCUGUACUGUGUAACGUCUUAGCUUUAAAUGCAAACUUAUGAUUUAAUAUCAUAGAUAAAGAAAUGCAUUAUAUGAACUAACUGCAUGAUCUCUUAAUAACAUUGUCGACCCCUGAGGGGGCGCUGGGAAUAUAUGCUGAAACAAAAAGCCUGAACAAUUCAUUUCAUCAACUGAAUCUCAAAAUCAGAUUAUUCCUCAAACAGAUGAAAAAUGAACCAGCACAGUGGAAACGUCACUGAUUUUAGUUUGGGGAAGAUUUUGACAGUAGAUGAAUUGUUUGCUUAGAUGCAGCUGGAAUACACAAUCACUUCCUCUACGAAUGUGUCAUAGCAGUAUAUCAUAUAUUUUUGUACAUUUUAUGCAUCAUGUAUUGUUAAACUGUUGCCUGGUAGAGAUUUAGAGAUUUGGGAGAUUUAUUGUUGUCCAUCACAUUUAUCAAGAUGAAGACAAAUGCUGAUUUAUUUUUAGAUUUCUGUUUACUAUGAAGUCAACGGUUCAGGGUUUCAAUGGGAUUGUGCAGUUCUUAUCGGUGCAGGAGAAAUGUCAUGUAUGAAAAUGUUACUUGAUUUCUUGUUGUAGAAUCCAUUAUUUCUUUUUUUUUUAAUAAUUAAAAUGAAUGAAUAUUAUAUCUGUAGCCAGAUGAUAUUAGUUAUUUUUGCAUACCACAGGGAAGUAGAGUAAAUCGGUGCAAUCUGCUAAUUUUAGCAUCUAGAUUUUCAAUUUUUUCCCAGCAAGAAGUUGCAGCUCAGACUCUAGGUUAUUUGCAAAACAUCUUGCGUCAUCUGAUAAAAGGAUAACCCCCCCCCUCCCCAUCACCACGAUCAGCAGUGACACAGCUGAUUUAAGCAAAAGAUAAUUUAAAAUGUAGCGUUAGUCUUUCUCAGAUUCAAAAGUCAAUCGUGAACACAGACAUGAGACAUGAGUCUUUAUAGAUUUAGUGUGUUUAGUAGGGGUGUGGCAAGAUCUCGCUAGAUUAAAUUGUGAUGAGAAUUCUCGUCAGGUAAAAAGGUGUCUUGUAAGACUCACUCAAAUUAAUUUUUCACACGCUGUCAAGCCACACAUUAAUUUUGUCAUGCUGUGAAAUAAUGUAUAACUAAUAAGACUCGGAGCGAAUCGACUCUGCCCAGCUGAUUGACACCGGCGUACACUGGGAUAGUAAUCAGCUGAACCUGCUUGUGCUCUGAGUCCAAACCUUUUUAUAUACAGUCAAGACAGCUGUGACGACAUAGCUGGUAGAGUUUUGCAAGAUAAACAUCUAAAAGCUGAAGCGCAGCCGGCUCUGUUUGGGACUGUGAGCUGCACUGGAAGUUAACGUGUGUGGGUCUGGGGUGAGAUUUCUGCCUGACCACAAGUGUUUCAUUUACUUUCGGUUUCACAUGCAACAUGCAGUCCCAAACUGCGUCGGUCAAACGGUCUGAAGAGGGUAGCAUUACUACCAGUACACAGAAUGACUGAGAGCUGCACUGCCUUAGAUUCUGUUAUAGUUAGGCUAUAGAUUUUGAAUCGUCACCUGCACCUGAAUUUUGUCUUUCUCUUUAUAUACAUAAAUUAAAAAAUCACCAUAAACUGGUGCAUAAAAAUUCAUCAGAAUGCAGGAAAUAAAGUAUUCAGUGCUCAAAAUUUUCAUAUAAUUCAGCAUUAAAGAUUUCUUAAUUUCUUAGUGUUAAAAUCUCGUCUCGAUCUCGUGAACCCAAUCUCAAAUCUCGUGUUGUCUUGUGGGUUAAGUGUCUCGUCAGAUCUCUGCUGUUUAGUGAUCAUUUAUCUCUGAUGUCCACAGAGAAUUAAGAUCCAGAAAACUUACGAAUCAAAGAAAAAGAUUUUCCUUAUAACUCUAGAUCAGGUUUUUUACAGUAUCAAACUUAUCCAGUGAAGUUCAAGCUCAAGUUGUAGCCCACCGCUAACUCACUGAAUCCAUGGCCUCCAGGCAUUAUGGGAAAUGUAGUUGUAAAACUUUGCAGGACAGUGAAAAGUUUGUAAUAUUAAACAUGAGGUUUUGCUCAGAAAGAUUUUACAUAACGGGAAACGACAUGAUCCGUUAGAUUGACAGCAAUGUUUAUUUUCACAACUUCACCCAUUCAGAACACAAUCAGAUGCGCCAUGCCUGGGAUCUAGUUAGUGCGUACAUUCUGCCCUGAGCUGUAACUUCUUUUCACUGGUCAAUAUGUGACUGAUAACUAAUGUUUAAAUGAGAGUGAAUGAUCUCAGAACAGUCUAACGCUGAUAAUACACAGGGCAACUUUUUGAGCAAUGUUGCUGGGAAAUCUUGUUGGUGGCAAGUCAGGCUAUGUUUUGACAGCAACAUUGCUUUAAAAGUUACUUUGUGUAUCAUCAGAUUAAAGCUUAGCUGGAUGCAGAAAUCAAUCAGUCUGUAAAUGAGUCAACUCUGCUAAUUUUCAUAAAUCAACCGUAUAUUUAAAGGAUUUAGCUGCAUCCAUCGUUUGAAUAGUGGCACAAGGUGUAUUACUGCAUAUUAAAAUACAAUGCUGAGCAGUUAGUAACUGUCACAAUAAAAUAUGACAUUGUGUUUGCACUUUGGUCACAGUGUACCUGGUACUAUAGCAAAAAUGAAUCUGCACAGAUAAGUGUUCGGUAUAAGUUGAUCAUUAGAGGUAAUUUUUUAUUCCCCAAUGUUCAGUUUGUGAAAUGUUAUAUUCAAGAAUAACUAUGUGUGAAACUGUAAAAAGCGUCCCUCUUGACUGGUGAUUGAUGUCUGAAUCAAGUCUUAAGUACUGUGUAAUCAAGACAAGAGAAGAACUCAUAGAUGGGGUGAAAUCAUUUCACUACUGACUGCCUUACUUCAGAAUGCUGGACACAGAAAUUGCUUUAAAAAAUGUUAACGUGACAAACUUUUCUUCACUUUUCAAGACGGACUUUUUUUCCAGUUUACCUGCUGAAUUCUGCAGAAAAAUGAAAAGAACAAUAAAGAAAAAAAACAAGCUUC